AUGGCCAAGCCGAAACUGUCCCGGUACAACCCAUCAACAUGCUGUCCCCGCCUGCCUUCCCUUUGCCCACCGCCCCGGUACUGGUCCCUCAAUGCCCCCAAAUCUCCUCGCACUCUUCAUCCAGAGUUCUCUACGCCGCCGCUUUUCCCCCUACCUCCGUCCUCUUCUACGUCACCGUCCAACGCCCGCGCAACCGUGGCGACGGAGAGCCCUUCGCUCUCGGGUGAAAACCAGACUGAAGACCCGACGCUCGAAUCUACACAAGUCUCAUUAGAGAUGGACGCCGCGACUGCGGUCGAGCACGCUUCGGACGACGAGGGGGAAGACGAGGAGACAGACGAUGAUGAAGAGCAGCGAGGGUCGGAUGGCCAGCCGAAGAAAGCUAAGGCCAAUAACACCAUAAAACCUCACCAGUACACGAGGGCGUUCGAAGGGUGUGCACCGUUUGCCGCGAAGGAGAUGCUCAGGCGACACAAGUGGCCUCUGCCCACCGACGAAUGCUGGGGAUGUCAAAUAAUCGGUCGUCCGCCGACCAUCCUCAGUGACCUCAACCAACGGUACAAAUGCGAGUUCAUGUUCACCCACGCCAUCGUUCGAUGGUCUCCCUCCGACGAGACCUGGAUACCGAGCUCGUUGCAAGAGGCCACGGGUGAGGUGAUCGUUUUAGGUCAUCCCAAUGGGAAACCAUGCCGCAACCACACGUCCAGUGACGCCCCGGUGACGAUAGUGCACGAAGGAGGUGCUAGUACAUCGGUGAAGGUCAAAUAUUGCUUGUGCGCCCACGACCACGCCUCAAUGGCGAAGCACCGUGCGUCUUUGGCGCUGCGCGGCGGGCUUUGGGCGGGCACCUGGGGAGACGCUAGUCCCAGAACGUUGUACUCCCUCAACCUCCUGCACACCUUGGACGCCAGGCUGAAGAUAGCUCAGACGAGCAUGCAUGACGAGUUCGGAGUCCUACGAUAUCUGACGGACCCUGUGAACCCCAUGGGCGUGAAGGACCGUGAACGCCAACUCACACGAACCAUGCGAGACUUCGGAUACGUCAAGGACUGUCUGGACCAUGGAGUGAUCCCCCUAAGGCUGUUUGCGGCUCGAUCCACGGAUGAUCCGGAUCCGAACCCACGGAUCAGGUGA